UCUCGCAAUCCGUGACACUGUUAAGUCAAUCUUCAUAAGAGGUAUCGGACAUCCCUAAGUGGUUCCGGAACGGCAAGACUGAAAGGCGAGUAAGGGACCUGGCUAAAAUAUGCGAACAGUAACAUUCCUUAUAAAUGAUUUAAUCAAGUGGAUCUUUAGGUUUGUUAAAUACAGUUAAAAUGUAACAAUUUGAAGUGGCUUUACUCUUUCCUGGUGGUGUAUAUUUCAACUAUUUCAGUUUACAAUGACGCGCAAAAGGACUCGGAAUUGAAAUCUCCGUAAACACUAACGACACGAGAUAUCUAUCGAUGAUGAUCAUGAACGCCUCAACAAACUCGACCCGUCAUAUACACAACCUUGAAGAACUGGAAUAUUCCGAAUUCAUAGCGGAAUAUCUCCCCAUAUUUAUCUACCUUUUAAUCCUAGGAGUAGUUGGUACUUUUGGAAAUUUACACGUUCUUGUUGUCUAUUCUCGACGUUACAAACCCUCAAAUCACCGUAUAUUUAUCUUGUGGUUAGCGGCUGUCGAUUUUUUCUCGUGCACUGUGAGUAUUCCAUUUGAAAUGUAUGACAUUAAAUAUAGAUACACGUUCACGGCUUCUUGGGCUUGUAAAAUAUUUCGCUUUCUCAACCACACGGCCAGUGUUUCCUCUGGAUUUCUUCUCGGAUUGAUAGCAAUUGAACGGUUUCGAAAGGCAUGCCAACCAACCAAAGUUCAAAUGACACUCAAACAAGCAAAAAUAGCUUGCAUCAUUACAUUACUUGUGAGUUCCAUACUAGGUGUUCCUGCCGUUGUGAUAUAUGGUGCCAACGUAUCUGAGACAUUUCAUCCUGGAAUUCUAGGAUCAGAUUGUACAAGUCUGACCAAAUAUAAAUCGUAUUUUAAAAUCUACAGUGGAGCUUUGCUACUUUUCUCAACAUGUGUGUUUGUUAUGUGUAUCAUUAUAUACAUUUUCGUCGGAAAAGUACUCUAUAGACAAAUGCAAUUUCGCAAAAGAGCCCAGUUACGACGAAACAAAUUGAAUGCGUUGUCGUCAUACUCUUUGAACGCUCACUGCUCAACAACCAAAUUAGCAACGCUGGGAUCCAUGGCUUCUCUUGACAAAGUCGAAAUUGAAGAUGACCCAUCAAGUUUGAACAACGAACAUUUAAAAGUGAAUAAGAAUCACUCAGGCAAUGGUGUGUCGCAGAUUCAGAAAAGGAAAACCAAAAUCAAUCGUUCUAAGAAAAUUACCUUGAUGUUUUUAGUAGCAACAAGUGUGUCGUAUCUAGGUUACUUACCUAAUACAGUGUUUUCGGUCAUCAAGGCGCUUGACACUGCAACAUUUACUGCGAUAUCGAUGAAACUUGGUGCAUCCGUUUUCAUUCUUCUUCGUUUAUACUUUAUAAGUAAUGUCACAAAUCCAAUUGUGUACAGCUUUAUGGACGAACGAUUUAGGGAGGAAUGUAAACUCUAUUAUCGCAAAUUUAAGAUACAGCUUUUAAAUUGUCUAAGAUGUAAAAAAGAUUAAUAUGGUUAUCGUGUAUUAUAAUUGUUUACACAAUUUGUAUCUAUGAUAUUUGUAUUACUUUUUUAAAUGAUUUAUUAAAUUGAUCAGGUAAACUCAACAA